UGCCAUCAGACAGCAUCAUUCUUCGCGAACUGUUCGAUAGCCGCAGAUCAAAACACCAACCACCAAUCACCAUGAAAUUCCUGAUUGUCUUCGUUGCCCUCUUCGCCCUGGCUCUGGCCGCUCCUGCUGAUGUUUCAAUCGUGAAAUCGAAUUCUGAUGUUGGACCCGAAAGCUUCAAAUACGACUGGGAGACUAGCGAUGGCCAGUCGGCUCAGGCCGAGGGUCAGCUGAAGAACAUUGGAUCCGAAAACGAGGCCAUCUCCGUCCAGGGCUCCUACAAGUUCGUGGGAGAUGAUGGUGUGACCUACGAGGUCUCCUACAUCGCCGAUGAGAACGGAUUCCAGCCCCAGGGUGCCCAUCUGCCCGUUGCCCCCGAGGCCUAAGUUUAAGGAGUUUAAAUAAAUUGUUUGUAAAAUAUUCUAAA